AUGAGUUCGUUUCUUUUUUCAUCAAGCGCAGCUCACACACGCACACAAUUCUCCCGGCUAGCAGACGUGAGCCGUUUGUUUACUAAACCUUUUGUAUGGCUGAAGAGAAUUUUGAAACAGGAGAUGCAGGAGCUUCUCAAACAUUCCCACAGCAAUGCUCAAGCUUGCAUUGUAGAGAUGUCCACCUCCAAAACUGGGAAACAUGGACAUGCAAAGGUUCACCUUGUUGGGCUUGAUCUCUUCACUGGCAAAAAAUAUGAGGAUAUUUGUCCUUCAACCCAUAAUAUGUUGGUUCCACAUGUUAAACGAAAGGAUUAUUUACUUGUUGAGAUUGAAAAUGAUGGUUCACUUUCUCUCAUGGAAGAUGAUGGGCACCUAAAAACUGAUCUGAACUGUCCUAGCAAUGAACUUGGUAAAGAGAUUAAAGAGCGAUAUGAAAAUGGAGAAUCCCUUACACUAACUGUAAUGACUGCCAUGGAUGAAGAACAAGUGGUUGGAUAUAAACUGGAUAACAAGUAG